CACUGAGUCCGAAUCAAAACCGAAUUACUACCAUCCAUCCAUCUAUUUCAUUCCAAAAUCAAAAAAGUUGGAAUCUACUUGUUGGUGAUUUUACUGUAAUUAUUUCACGAAAUGGCAGUCGCAAAAAUCCCAUCGCUUAUUAAUUCGGCCCUGGCCCAGGCUCGACCCAAAUUCUACAUCUUCAUGAAAUAUGCACGAGUAGAACUAGCUCCACCCAAACUAAGUGAGAUUCCACAAAUCAAGGCUGGCUUAGGCAAACUUAUUACUAGUGCUAAAACUGGUGCCUGGAAGCAGCAGACAGUUAAACAAGCAACUCUUAACACAUUAGUUGGAGCAGAAGUUCUGUUUUGGUUCUACGUUGGAGAAUGUAUUGGUAAACGCCACAUCGUUGGAUACAAUGUUUAAUUAUGAGUAUUUAAGUGUAGAUAAUAAUAAUGUUCAGUAAAAUAAAUUAUUAAAUCAGC